GGCCGCUGUUCGGCUCGCACCACUGCAGCUUGAAGAAGACCGCAGCAACGCCUGGAAAUCCUGUCGGUCCCACUGGGUCACAGCACGCUCUAAAACAAGGCCGAUGGUAAGGCGGCGCCGCAUACUUACGCAUCGCUAUGGUGGAAGUGUGUAAUUGCGUCUUUGCUGCACUGGCUGUGUAAGCGGUGGCAUAGCAUCCCGGACGUCCCGGCAGCGAACUGAAGAAGAACGAUGCAGACGAUCUUCGUGAGCGAACGCCAUUCUGUCAAAGGCGCCACUUCGACGUAGACGUCACACGAAGGAAGCAGUUUGGCUAUUUCAUUCUACUAAAACGACGAAUUCGUUCCCUCAGGUAGCCGUCUGGGUUCUGCCUGGGACGGCGCAGAAUGUGGGCUGCGCGCACGACAACAGAAAGAACGAAGCGUACAAGUUAGUGAAAUACGACUGGGGUCACUCACCCGGGGAAUGUCUGAGCCUUAGCGUCGCUGUUGCCGACGGCGGUGAGCGGACCGCACUUCCCGGUGGCCGCAUGCUGGCAAAUCUCUCGACGUUUUUGUAUAAGUGUUAUAGUAGCAAUGGGGCAGAGAUUUGGGAGUCUGCAUUUGACGGCAUUUGCGCCCCAAAUGUAGGCGCUUGCUUGACUGUGACCCAGUGUACCUUUGGCGAUUUUAAGAAACCGAUGGAUUAUUCGGAGCCGAAAAUCUAUCAUGUAUAUGGUGCUUCUUCAAUGAUCGUCGUUGGGACACGCUGCAGCGCAGUGGACACACUGAGAAAAAACAGGAUCCCAGUGCUUAACUUAAGGAUGUGAUGUCCUUUGACGACCUUGUCCUUGUGCCCGUUUACGUGUCACGCGGUCAUCGGUAAAGAUGGUUGCCUUUGGCAUUUUUCGAGUAUCAUGAAGCCCGAGUAGAGAAAUAUAAUUGGCCUCCUCUCCCCCGACCCGGGCGAGGGGCCCUGAUCCACUUGCUUUAACCCACAUUACAAAACCGGUUCCGGCUCUGAGCUCUUGCACGGGGUCGAAGAGAUACGCCACACAUCAAGCACUUCAGUCUGAACACCGGAGCGAACGGAGCUCCCGAAGGAUGAAGGCGAUGCUGGUGAUUUCCGCUGCCCUUGUGGUGUACGCGUUUCUCCCGGGAGUGAGGGCGCAGUCGUCGAGACCUCAGCUAGGAUACUUUACUUUUCUCAGGUACCGUAAUCAAGAGUGCGAGGGUCGCUAUGGCCAGAACGGAACGUGCGUUACCGAAAGUGACUGUCAGACUCGGCAAGGAAUCGAUGUUGGUCGGUGUGCCGAAGGAUACGGUGUCUGCUGUCGUGUGGCCUUUACGUGCAAGAUGGUGAACAAGAGAAAUGAGACGGAAUUCGUCAAUCCGAGCUAUCCUAACGGUGAAACUGGCACCUCGACUUGUGACGUGACCCUCGAAAAGACGCCGGAUAUUUGCCAGAUUCGGUUAGAUUUCAUCGACUUCUCUCUUGCACAACCUGACGAGAAGGGUCUCUGCUCUCGAGAUGCAUUCAUGGUGCGCAACACAGUCGGCGAAAAGUUUCCGAUUCUCUGUGGCGAGAACAGUGGCCAGCAUAUCUAUGUUGACAUGGGUCGGCAGUCUGGCAAUCCCGUUGUUCUCUCGGUAGUGUCGACGGGAGCCCACUCGCAUGAACGAAAGUGGAGAAUUAAGGUUUCUUAUAUUCCUUGCGGUUCGCUAGACAUCGUGCCACCCGGAUGCCUGCAGUAUUUCCGCUCGCCAUCGGCUAUCGUGCGUUCGUUUAAUUAUGGCGCCCAGCUUAGCGGCAAUGUGCGUUACCUCUCUAAUCUGCGCUAUUCGAUUUGCUUGCGGGUUGAGGAGAACUUCUGCUCAAUCAAAUGGGAAACUGAUGAUAGCGAUUCGUUUAACUUCGGACGCCCGUACGACGGAGGUACUUCUGGUGCCAACUGCGAGGAUGACUUCGUCACGAUUGAUCAAGGCUCCACUUACGGUAUGGGUCCUGGAGAAGACCGUUUCUGCGGAAACCGUCUUCAUGAGAGGAACGUCCUUAUCUCGCAUAGCAAGCCGUUCCAGCUUCGAGUCACUUCAAAUUCCGACGCGGCUGGUAACUCCAUGGAAGCGCAGACGGGCUUCUCAUUACGUUAUACACAGCUGCCCUGUGUAGAUUGACUGGGCGAACAUACCAUCGGCGAAAAGCCCGAAAUCGACGAGGAGUCCAACUUCUAAAAACGAGAGAGAACGUAUUUAUUAAUAAGAAUGAUUAUGUAUUAUUUAAUUUAUAAUUCUUUGCGGUAUAUAGGGUACUACCGAUUGAUCUGGUUGACGCGAUUUGAAGUUGAACUGACGUCCGGUCUCAGUAAAAUCCACGACCUUAGCUCAUUGUAUAUAAGCCAUAUUAAGUGGUUUAAUUCAAUAUUUAUAUGCUAAUAAAAUGAAUUAUAAUGAUUUCAACUAUAAAUAAACAUUGUGAACCAGUU